ACUAAAAAAUAUGUAUUAUUUCUUACAGGUUAGUCGUACUUGCAUUCAAUCUUAUACUGAGGGUAAGCAAUCUUUGAAUUAUGUCCAGACAAUAUUUACACAGUUUGCAGUAAGAGAUCUAUAUCUUAAUAGAGAAAUGUGUGAGAAUAAGAACAUUUGACUUGAUAGAAGUAUUUGAGGAAUGAAAAACGUCCAAAAAGAAAUAUCCUGAAUUUCUUCAAAACAGAUGUGUGCUUGACAAUCAUCUGUGUCUUCUGUUUAAUCUGCUAGUAUAUUCUCGCACUUUAGUUUACAAUUAAAUAUAACAUGAAACAAGAGAAAGCUUAUUCAGUUGCAAAUGGUAUUGUACAAGAAGUCUUAAAUGGUAUUCGGACAGUAACGGCGUUCAAUGGUCAAAAGAAAGAGCAAGCGAGAUAUACAAAGAGUCUAAAAAACGUGCCAUCUAUUGGAAUAAAGAAAGGGUUUAUUCUCGGAUGUUGUCAAGCAUUCUCAAAUAUUUCUACUGGCAUUGUAUUUAUGGCUGCACUAUGGUAUGGGCCUUAUCUCAUUAGAACAGAAUCUGAUAAAUACUCGGCUGGAAUUUUUGUUGGUAUAUUUAUUUCUUGUUUAAAUGUCACCUGGUGUUUCAAUCAAAUUAUUCCGAGUCUUGAAAAAUUUGCUGAUGCCGUUUCUUCGGGUAGCUAUGUAUUUCGAACUAUAGCAAGAAUAUCAAAAAUCAAUCCAUUUAGCGAAGACGGUGAAAAACCCGCAUCACUUAUAGGCAAUAUAGAAUUAAGGAAUGUUCAUUUUACUUAUCCAGCACGACCAGAUUUACCCAUUCUCAAAGGUGUUAAUAUGAAAAUUCCAAGUGGAAAAAUCGUCGCUUUUGUAGGCUAUUCUGGUUGCGGCAAAAGCACCGUAGUAUCAUUAAUUCCACGCCUCUAUGAUGCCGAUGUUGGUCAGAUAUUGUUGGAUAAUCACGAUAUUCGCACGUUGAAUAUUGAAUGGUUACGCUCACAAAUUGGCUACGUGGGUCAAGAACCUGUUUUAUUUAGUGGAACGAUCGAAGAUAAUAUUCGAUUAGGAAAACCUGAUGCAACUACAGAGGAAAUCGUUGAAGCUGCAAAAAUGGCUAAUGCACAUGAUUUUAUAAUGAAACUUGAUGAUAACUAUAAAACAUCAGCCAAAGGUCAAUUAUCCGGUGGUCAAAAACAGCGCGUGGCCAUAGCGCGUGCUCUUAUUUCGAAGCCAAGAAUACUUUUGCUGGACGAAGCAACAAGUGCAUUAGACAACACAAGUGAAAAAGUUGUUCAGGAUGCACUUGAUAAGACAAAAGGUGGACGAACAACGAUCAUUAUUGCACAUAGAUUAUCAACAAUAAUCAAUGCCGACUUUAUAAUCGUUUUUGAUGGGGGACGGGUGGCUGAACAAGGCACACAUGAUCAAUUAAUAACACAGAAAGGAUUGUAUUAUGAGCUGACGACACAAAAGGAGGAAGAAAAGGCAGAGGAAAAAGACGAUAACGAUACUUUUGUUCCAAAUGGAAUUGGAGUUCGAAUGUCUAGUGUGAGUCGAAUGGCCUCAAGUCACCUUGAUGAUGAAGAACAACAAGAAGUGGGUGACGAUCAAAAUCCGCAAGAAAUGUCAUCAACAGAUGGUAGCAAACGUAAACGUUGGCCUACACCAUUCUUUUUCAAAUUAUUAAAAUUAAAUUCAUCAGAAAAAUAUUAUCUUUUAUCUGGUGCAAUAACAUCGCUCUUUUUUGGUGCAGUCGAACCCGUUGUUGGUCUCGUUUAUUCGCUUGUUUUUGGGCUAUUAGCUAAUCCAGAUGGUCAAAAGCAAGAAAUUCAAACGCGUAAUUUAGCAUUAGGAAUAGUGGGUGUGUAUAUUGUGGCUGGAGUGUUACAAUUCAUAAGUACAGUUUCAUUUGCGAAAGCGGGCGAAGAAUUAACAAUGAGAAUGAGGUUAUUGUCAUUUGCUGCAAUAUUACGCAGAGAAAUUAGCUGGUUUGACAAAGAUUCUAACAGCGUGGGAUCAUUAGUAACAAGGCUAGCAACAGACACUACUGCUUUAAAGAGUUUGACUGGUGUUCGUAUUGGUGUUCUAUUACAAUCUUUGGGAGCCGUGAUAACAGCUUUACUUCUUGCAUUUCAAUCUGGAUGGAAAUUGACAUUGGUUGUUUUAUUGCUCACACCUUUAUUGAUCCUAUCAGGAUAUUUACAAGGACGAACGCAAAGCAAAGCCGGACACACGAAAUCAGCUAAAUCAUUUGCCCAAGAAGGCGGAAGAUAUGCUGUUGAAGCUAUACAAGAUGUACGAACUGUGGCAACAUUAAAUAAAGAGAAAUAUUUUAUUCACAAAUACGAAGAAGCAUUUAAUAACGAUUAUCUGUGA